AUGGAGUGGGGGCCAUUCGAGCCAAUCUUGGCACUAGUUGUGCCUAAAAGUGGCCGAAACGAUGGGAUCAUGGACCGUAGACAGAAAGAUGCAACACUUGCACAUAUGUUGGGUAGUGACGAGCUUAUGACAGCAAUUCGUUUAGCAUCUAUUGCUCAAAUCGACACGGUAUUAAGUCACGAGGCGUUUCAUGUGGACCAACUACCAUGGAGUUUUUUAUUACUAGUAUUAGCUAAAGCUAGUAAAAUGGAACACAUAAAAUACCAAACCGAGCAAGUUCUUUCUGAUCGCAUGACACUCUUGUGCCAGAUGACACAAGUAUUCUAUCACGUACCAAUGUCUCUUGCUAUGAAAGAGAUGAAGAAAUUAAGUAUAUUGUGUGACCAGUAUACAAGACUGGCGAUAGACAUGCAGCAGAGUAUCAAGACUAUUUUUUCACUUCAAACCUUUCUCACCCGCUUUCAUCAGCAAGGCCACGUAACUCUCACACCGUUGCACGCUCACUUUUUCUAUUUAUGUCUCCAUGCCAAGUGCUACUUUGCAGCAAUGGACAUUUUAGACAAAAACUUGGUAGAAAUCCACGCUCAAUCGCAUGUUGUUACCUGUGUCGACUUCUUGGGCUAUGCAUACUAUGGAGGACUGCUAUAUUUGGGAGAAAAGCGGUAUCAGGAUGCGCUUGACUUCUUCCAGCUUGCCAUUACAGCUCCUGCCGUGUCACUGAGUGCUUUUGUAAUCGAAGCAUACAAGAAGCUGUUGCUCGUGACACUCAUUCUACACGGUGAUGCAGUGGUAGUACCCAAGUACACUCCCUUCGUGGUCACGCGAAAUGUUGCAAACCACUGCACAGCAUAUGUUGACCUAGCCAACGCUUUUGUCAUUGAAAAGGACUUUGCAGUGGUGCAGGAUGUCGUUGCCAAGAAUGAAGAGCUGUUUAUUCAGGACGGUAACUUUGGUCUCGUGAAGCAGGUCGUUCAGGCGUUCAAACAGCGAAAACUUCUCCGAUUGACUCGCACUUACGCAACAAUUGAGCUUACGAAGAUCGCAAUGGCUGCGGGAAUGUCUAACAGCGAUGCAGUAACUGCUGAAAAGAUGCUGUUGGCUCUUAUAUCCAAUGGUCAGAUGGAUGCUGUGAUUGAUAAGCAGAAAGCCAUGGUGCGUUUUGUGCACAAGAAUGAAGAUGGCAGCGCUUGCCAAGACGAAGCACAAAGCGAAGCGUCGAAAAGGUUGCAGGACGAGAUGAAGAAACUUGUGACAGUUGCGUCGCAGCUACGCGACAUGGAUACUGAACUCGUCACAAGCACCAAAUUUCAAUCUCGCUUGCAGAACGAUAAAGACCGACGCUCGAGAAUUAACAUGCACAAUCAGCAAGGUGACGAGCGACUAAUCACUGAUGGCGCUAGCGGCAUGGAUACACUGGAAUAA